CAGCCUUGGAAAUAUCUCUUCUCGCUCACGGACUAAGGCUAUAAGGUCUCCUUGGUUGAUAGCAGCUUUCCGAAUGGUAUAACGAAACCACUUGACUUACGUUGUUCACGACCCCGUUCUUGUUCCUGUAGCCGCGUAAAAUACGACGGUACAGAUCGAGCUGGUUUUACUUCCACCUCCGCGUCGACAAUACAGCGAAACUAGGACGCUCGAGAAUCUCCGGACGAACUCUGGAAGAAUUUGGCCUACUCCGAAACCAGGUCGGUACAUCUAGCUAAGCUAUACUACUAGAGUAAAACUAUUAGUCUCACUACUAACGCGGACAAGACGUUCCUGAACAAUGCCAUUGAAUCCCAGAACAAUCCUUCUCGGGGAACUAUAAAGGUCGAGGACACGUCGGAUAAGUCUUUUUCUUCUCGGCUUCAUAUAAAUCACCCAUUCAAAUCCAUAUUUUAUAUUCCAUUAAAAUCUGGAUUUGAAUCAAAGAUUUUACCUACGAAAAGCGACAAGACAUCUACAGCCGCCAUGCCUUCUCCACCGGUAAGAAUGAUUCUCUACCAAUGCUCUCACGAACUACCGGAUCUGAGAUACCAAGCUCCCAAAAAGCCCUCGGUUCUCAAGAGAGUCAAGCGAGCUCUCACGUUCACGGAAAUCAUUCGCACACCCUCUGCGGAGCUGUGUCCGUUCUGUCAGAGACUAGAGGACGAGCAAGCAGAACGAGAUGCGGACAAGCUGGUAGGACUCACUAGACUAGCCGCUUCACCAUGUCAAAUUAGCCCCCUCCUCGAGCACGCGGUCGUUAUUAGACGAAACAAUACUGUGGCACUAUCAACCCCAAGGACAAGCCCAGUAACCGACACCGGGAGCGAGGCUGAUCCUCAGCUUGUUGAUCCACUUCCUCCAAGGGACCCGUAUAGGGACACCAACAUGGAGGACAGCACAGCGGACUACAUGGAGUGGAGACGUGCGCAGAGUCUUGCCGAUGAGACGCCAGCAGAUCGGCAUGCACGGGAGCUCCGAGAAAGGUUAGUCAGAGGAGAGUGGAGAGUCAUGGAUGCCGCCAGGGAGUACAAAGAGUUUGUGCUUGACCAAGGGGAAGAGCCUCCACAAAAGCCAGAACCAGCAGCAGACUUGAGCCAACUUUUCUCCCAGGCUCAAAAAGCACCAUCACCCGCCCCAGACGCAGUUUCAGCAUCUCCAGAACCUCAGCAGGGGAGUUUGAGGACGAGGAUGGGAGAGAGGAAGGCUGAGAAAGCCCUCAAGGCAGAUAGGGUAAGAAAUCGAGCGCAGGAAAUUGCGAAGAAGUAAGUAGACACACCAUUUCUUUUAUCCUC